AUGAAGCCCGACGGCGAGUUUUUUGCAAGAGAAAGCCUAAGAGGCAAGGGUAGAGUAUCUUGCGCAAGUGCCGCCGCAGAAGCCGGCGCGAAAUCCGUUUCAUCCUCUGCGUCGCGCCGUUCUGUAUCGAUAUUUCCCCCCACGGCGCAAGUUGCGUCGCCUCCAGCAGUCCCCGCACUUCAGCAAGCUAGUCUCCGCCGCUCCCCGCCUCAGCGUGCCGGGGGGAGUUCCAUCUGCGCGCCCACAAACCGUUGCGCGCCCAUCGACCGUAGCGCGUCCGUCGACUGCUGUGCACCCAUCGACCGUUGCGCGUCCAUCGAGCGUUGCGUGCCCGUCUACCGUUGCGUGUCCGCCGACAAUUGCGUACCCAUUGACCGUUGCGCACCCAUCGCGACUAUAGAUCAGGGGAUGCACCCGGUGGGGCCGCAGCUGCGUCACCACAACCUGUCGCAACCGGGAUUCACGGAAACAGCGCGAGACGAGCCGGAGGCUCGAUUCGCUGUGAAAACUGUGCGCGGGGGCGGCACGGCGGUGGUAGUGCGCUUCGGUUCGGAGUCGGGCACGAUCAGUUCGCGGGACAUAAGCGAUUGGACUGUGGAGCACGAUAAUACCGCACCCUUGCCCUACAUCCCUGGUUCACGAACGUUUAACCCGACGGGUUCGCCGGGGAAAGCCGCCGCCUCCGCCGCCGAUGCCGCCGGCUCGGCGCUUCCUCGGGCGGAAAAGUCCGCUGCGGCGGCCGCGGCAGCGGCUGCCCGCGCUGGCUGGUAUUCUGAGUUUCAAGAAUCCGAUUGCGGGCAGGAAGCGUGUCGGGGAAACGCGGGGGGAAGAAACGUCCGGGGGAUGAUGAGAUCCCCGCAUGUGCCUGCGCGGAGUGAGAGCGGAAGCAACUUCGGCAACGGCGACUCUCCCACCUCCGCCACAGAAAUGGCGGCGCUGGCGCGCAACGGAGGCAGCGGAAAGCAGAAACGGCUGGGCGGAAAGGCUGCUAGGGUUGGCUGGGUGGAUAAGGAGGGGUCCCGGAAGUGGAGGAAGCAGGGGGCUGACGUGGCGUCCGAUGGUGAUGGUGCUGACGACAAGAAAGUUGAUCGGGAGCAGUUUGCUGGGGCUUUGGGUUACCCUGGGCAGCAAGGAGCAGGUAGCUUGGUAACCAGUCACGGGUUACCGUCACCCCCCCUGACGGCGGAUCAAGAGAGGGACGCUGUGUGUGGUGCUGAUGGUCGGUGGAAUGGAGAUAGUGUGAGUGAUGGUGCAGAGGAAGAUGAUGAUUCCUGUGAUGAUGCUAUGUCUGCAUACUUCGUGUGCAGUGGGGUGCAGAGAGAGCAGUACAAGGGGGAGCACCUAAGCCAUUCCCCCCGCGAUGAACGCUCAAGCCAUCCAUCCGUCGUCACGCCUGUUCGCGUGACGGAGGGGAAUCAGCCGUAG